CCUCUCGUAUAGAUUUGUUUUGUUUGGUGGCGCGGUUGUAUUAAGACGAUUAAUCGGAAUUGUACGAAAUGGACUUGACAACUUUACUUAGAAAGUAUGUGCAAGUUCGUGAAGGAGCCAAUGAAAGAGGUAAUAUUACUGUGGAAGAUAAAUAUUUUCAGAACAUAUACGAAAGGUGGAAGGGUACGAAAACGAGAAAUACGGAUUCUACUUAUAAAGUGAUUCCAAAAUUUUAUUUUAAGUUGCCAAAAGAGGAUGAAAUAUUGCCGCAAAAGUUACGAGAAGAAACACGGGCUCUAUUUUUGCAAAGACGUUCAAGGCAGUUACUUGAUAACAAUGAAUUGAGAGCAUUAUGGGUACUAUUGGAUAAGAACUAUAGUUUACCAAUAUCUAACGAUGAACAACUCAUUAAUUACGAGGAUUUUAAAAAAGUCGGGAGAUUAGCCGGCACCAAAUGUGCAUCAUAUUUUACUGCUGUUGUCUUUGCUAAACUACAACAGGGUGAUUCUCAUGGAAGGAUCAGUAUUAUGGCACUGUUUAAUUAUGUGAUGCGAAAAGUAUGGUUGCAUCAAACACGGAUUGGGUUAUCAUUGUAUGACGUUACUGGACAGGGUUAUUUGCGAGAGUCGGACUUGGAAAACUACAUUCUGGAACUGAUUCCGACAUUACCACAACUCGAAGGCCUUGAGAAAUCGUUCCAUUCAUUUUAUGUUUGUACCGCAGUAAGAAAGUUUUUAUUCUUCUUAGAUCCUUUGCGAACCGGUAGAGUUCGUAUUCAAGAUAUUUUGGCAUGUAGUUUUCUUGACGAUCUUUUGGAACUACGUGAUGAGGAUUUGCCUAAAGAUUUACAAGAAGCAAACUGGUUUUCUGCACCAUCAGCACUAAAAGUUUAUGGCCAGUACCUUAAUCUAGACCGUGAUCACAAUGGCAUGUUAAACAAAGGUGAAUUAUCUGGGUACGGAACAGGUACUUUGACAGAUGUAUUCCUUGAAAGGGUGUUUCAAGAGUGCUUAACAUACGAAGGAGAGAUGGACUACAAGACAUAUUUGGACUUCGUCUUGGCUCUGGAAAAUCGACAGGAACCGCAAAGUUUACAUUACUUCUUCCGGAUAUUAGACAUCAAUACCCGAGGAUACCUUGAUACUUUCUGCCUCAACUACUUCUUCCGGGUAUGCAAGGUUUUUUCAUUUGAUUUUCUAAUUCUCAUGUAA